AUGGAUCAAAAGCCCGCAGAAAAUGCUACCAAUCCAACAUCUGCUCCCGCCACUAUGGAAAAGUUCCCUCUGGAGCAGAUCAUCACCAGCGUACCUCCGCCGCUCGAUGUCUCGACAUAUACCACCUUCCCGACCACGACCACCAACUCUCCGAUCACCUGCAUGGCAUUCCAGGAUCCUUACCACGACCCUUACUUUACGUCCCCCGACUCCGAGGUGCCUCAGGGAUCGACCGGCAUGGGUGCACCGUCAGUCGAUUGGUCAAGCUUUCCCUUGUACUCGGACGUGCCUGCUUCAACAAGCACGCAGACACCGUCCUAUGCCAGCUUCGACUACAACUCAUACCCCUCAGGCUUGCCGCCACCGUCUUCCUCUGGCGACAUCUCUGAAGUCGAUGAGUUUGGACCUCUCCCCGGUCUCGGGCACACUGGCAACAAUGACGUGCACGAUCUGCACAGCGUCAGUGAGGCAUCGGACAUGGACCAUCUCCGCAUCAGCUCCGCUUCCUCAUUGGUCGGACUGCCUCAAGCGCAGCUCCUCUCGUCAAAUGAUCUCGCGUCGAUCAACAUCGAUGAUUUCCUCAAGUCGGCUAAUGAGUCCACCGCCGCGCUCGAGCAUCGGCUGCAAGCUAGCAUGGGAAUCGAGUCCAAGCCGGUCCCUGCGCAGGACAUGUACAAUCUGCCUACCUCGCAGGAUUCGCUCCCCGUCUGGCCAUCCAGUCUCUUCGAUGACUCCACUCCGCCCAUGGACGAGGGCUAUUUCCGCCAGUCCUGGGCGCAGUAG